AUGCUUGGAACUACACUUCUCUUUGUUGCUGCUUUACCACUUGACUACAUUAGCUUUGCAUUUUUUUUGUGGAACCUGGUUGCUGUUGGAUUGGCAGUGAUCUUCUGGAAAGGUCCGCUUUUCAUCCAACAAGGCUACUUGAUUCUUAUGAGCAGCAUGAUGGCAUUUUCACUUUCUCAGCUGCCCGAUUUGGUCACAUGGAUUUUGUUGGGUUUACUUGCUAUUUGGGAUUUAAUCGCGGUCUUGUGUCCAUUUGGUCCAUUGCGUCUGUUGCUAGAAAGUGCACAAACUCAAGAUCAACAGCUUCCAGCGGCAUUGUUGUACACCGACUUAUCUUCACGAGGAAUUGAAUUGGAAACAAUGGGCGAUAUUCGACAGAAUCAUCCAGGAAUCAAUACAAGCAAUCACGAUAAUUACGAAAUUCCUCCUGUCGUGGAUGAUACGGAUGAUGAUGAAGACAGCGGAUUAAAACUGGGUCUGGGAGAUUUUGUAUUUUACAGUGUACUACUUACUAAUCCUACUUUACCUUUGUGUCGAUUAGCAUUAUUUGAUUGGAUUACCACCAUGUCAACAAUUGUCGCUGUAACUGCAGGACUCAGUAUGACCAUCUUCUUUUUAGCAGUAUACAGAAAACCUCUCCCAGCGCUCCCAUUUUCGAUUGCUUUUGGCAUUUUGUUUUAUUUCUUGAGUGCAAUCACACUGACUCCGUUCUUGGACCAUUUUGUUAUCCGGCCACCUAUUAUAAUUCCACCAACUGUGGGGUCGAGCUUAUGGGUAGGGAAAAGUGUUGGUGGUGGCAUGAUUUAUUUGUAA